CACCUCUAAAUCAUCACGUCCCGCCUACGGCAGCAGGGAAUUGGAGGUGGAGCAGAGCUGCUAAAACCCUAUUCCAAAGUCGGUCUUCAUCCUCAUCACCACUUCAUAAUCCAACUGAAAAUCCAAGUGGAGUAGAAUGAGCUACGCGGCGUACAAGAUGAUGCACUGCGCCACCGGCAUCGAGCACUGCGCCUCGGGCUUUAUCACCCAUUCUGCGGCGGAAUUCACGCCGAAAAUACCUCCUGUCAGUGCCGAUGACCUGGACUCGGACUGGCCCGCCUCCACGAAGCCAGUUGGCCCAUUCCCAAACCUUGUCACGGCCGCCGCCAACAUUCUUGAAGUCUACUGUCUGAGAAUUCAGGAGGAAUCCUCUCCUUCCACGGAUUCAAAAGCUGCCGUUGAGCCAAAGCGUGGGGGUGUGUUGGCUGGCAUUUCCGGUGCGUCCCUUGAGCUUGUUUGCCAUUACAGGUUGCAUGGCAAUGUGGAGUCGCUAGGUGUAUUACCUAAUGGUGUUGGUGAUGGUAGAAGGAGAGAUUCAAUUAUUUUGACUUUUCGAGAUGCAAAAAUUUCAGUUUUGGAGUUUGACGAUUCAAUACACGGACUCCGCACCAGUUCGAUGCAUUGUUUUGAGGGCCCAAAUUGGCUACACUUGAAAAGAGGUAGAGAAAGUUUUCCAAGAGGUCCACUAGUGAAAGUUGAACCACUGGGGAGGUGUGCUGCAGUCCUUGUUUAUGGAUUACAAAUGACAGUGCUCAAGGCUGCCGAGGCUAGCUCUGGUUUGGUCGGCGAGGACAGCUCUUAUAGUUCUGGGCCUACAGGUGCUUCUAAAAUUGAAUCUUCAUAUGUUUUUGGCUUACGAGAGCUUGAUAUGAAGCAUGUUAAAGAUUUUAUCUUCAUACACGGUACGUCUGACUUGACUAAUCUUAUUCCUAUCUUUUUCCUGAGAAACUAUGUUUCAAAGAUUGCAAUGAAGCCAUAUUUUGUAAAUUGUUACAUCGAGCCUGUUGUGGUAAUCCUACAUGAACAGGAGCUUACAUGGGCCGGGCGUGUUUCUUGGAAACGUCAUACUUGCAUGAUUUCUGCGCUCAGCAUCAGUACAACUCUAAAGCAGCAUACACUCAUUUGGUCUGCAAGGAACCUUCCUCAUGAUGCAUAUAAGCUCCUUGCUGUUCCAUCCCCUGUUGGUGGAGUUCUUGUAAUUGGUGCAAAUACAAUACAUUAUCAUAGUCAGACAGCAUCAUGCAUCUUGGCCUUGAACAAUUAUGCUGUUCCUGUUGAUGGCAGUCAGGAGAUGCCUAGAUGUGGUUUCACUACGGAGCUUGAUGCCGCUAAUGCAACAUGGUUAACAAAUGAUGUUGCCCUGUUUUCAACAAAAUCGGGGGAGCUCCUUUUACUGACUUUAGUUUAUGAUGGGAGGGGAGUUUGGUGGCGUACAGGCCCCAUCUUCCUUCUACUUCAAGGCAUGUCCUCGGGGAUCUUCAACUUGAGGAGAAUUGUGCAGAGGCUUGAACUUUCCAAGUCAAGAGCUUCAGUACUUAGUUCGGAUAUUACAACCAUUGGAAACUCCUUAUUCUUCUUGGGGAGUCGUUUGGGUGAUAGUCUGCUCGUGCAAUACAAUUCUGGAGAGGAAGCUUCCACACUGACUCCUGGUGUGAAGGAAGAGUUUGAGGAUAUUGAAAGCGAUGCUCCUUUGACCAAGAGGCUGCGGAGGUCUCCCUCAGAUGCAUUUCAAGAUUUGGUUGCCGGCGACGAUCUUUCUUUCUAUGGCAGUGGACCAAAUAAAACUCAGUUAACUCAGAAAUCUUUCACAUUUGCAGUAAGGGAUUCGUUGCUUAAUGUUGGUCCCCUGAAGGAUUUCUCAUAUGGUUUGAGAAUUAAUGCUGAUCCUAAUGCUACAGGAAUUGCGAAGCAAAGUAACUAUGAAUUGGUUUGCUGUUCAGGUCAUGGAAAAAAUGGUGCUCUUAGUGUGCUCCAACAAUCAAUCCGGCCUGAUACAAUAACUCAAGAGUCGCUACCUGGUUGCAAAGGGAUUUGGACUGUCUACCACAAGAAUGUACGAAGUGAUUCCUCAAAAGUGGCAGCUGAUGAAGAUGAAUAUCAUGCAUAUUUGAUUAUUAGUUUGGAAAAUCGUACAAUGGUACUGCAAACAGCUAACAAUCUUGAGGAGGUAACUGAAAAUGUUGACUACUACGUCCAGGGAAGUACAAUUGCUGCCGGAAAUUUGUUUGGAAGGGAGGCACAAACUGGCUUCUUCUCUGGUUUUAGGAGUCUUAGGUCACAUGGAUUAUGCCUGCCUCUGGACUACCACGUAGUCUUACGGCGAGUUAUCCAAAUAUUUGCUCAUGGCGCUCGGAUUCUUGAUGGUGCUUUUAUGACUCAAGAAUUGAGCUUUAAAUCUUCUCAUUCAGACACGGUUGCAGCUGCUGAAGGGACUAAUGUGUCAUCUGUUUCUAUAGCUGAUCCUUAUGUGUUGCUGAGGAUGACUGAUGGAAGUAUUCAGCUUCUUGUUGGAGAUCCAUCCACAUGCUCUGUUUCUGUCACCAUUCCACCAGUAUUUGAAAGCUCCAGUAAAGUGGUAUCAGCUUGUACUCUCUAUCAUGAUAGAGGGCCCGAACCAUGGCUUAGGAAAACGAGUACCGAUGCCUGGCUUUCUACUGGGAUUGGUGAGGCUAUUGACGGAGCAGAUGGCGUUACACAUGACCAGGGUGAUGUAUACUGUGUCCUGUGCUAUGAAAGUGGAAAUCUCGAGAUACACGAUGUGCCCAAUUUUAGCUGUGUUUUCUCGGUUGAUAAGUUUGUAUCUGGAAGUAGCAACAUUUUGGAUAUGUUUUCUCACGGCCCAGCCAAUGAUCCAGUAAAACUCACGAACAAAUAUUCUGAAGAUGAUGGAAAUGGAAGGAAAGUGACCCAACACGGUAUAAAGGUCGUUGAGUUGUCCAUGCAGAGAUGGGCCGGAGAACAUAGUCGUCCAUUUUUGUUUGGAGUACUGUCUGAUGGUAGCAUUCUUUGUUAUCAUGCUUACAUUUAUGAGGUUUCGGAAAAUACUUCCAAGUCUGAGGUUAAUGGUAGCAACAUAAGUUCAUCGAGACUUAGAAACUUACGAUUUGCCCGAGUACCCUUGGACAAAUAUGCAAGAGAGGAGACACAAUCCGGAAUCUCAUCCCAACGCCUAACUAUUUUCAAGAAUGUUGGUGGCUUGCAAGGUUUUUUCCUCUCUGGAUCAAGGCCCUCGUGGUUCAUGGUGUUUAGGGAGCGGAUUCGAUUGCAUCCGCAGGUUUGUGAUGGACCCAUAGUGGCCUUCACUGUUCUUCACAAUGGUGCUCUGAAAAUAUGUCAACUUCCAGGUUUAUUGUCGUACGACAACCAUUGGCCGGUCCAAAAGAUAGCAUUGAAGGGUACUCCACAUCAAGUUACUUAUUUUUCUGAGAAAAACUUGUACCCGCUCAUAGUUUCCGUUCCAGUUCUCAAGCCACUUAAUCAAGUCCUAUCAUCUCUUAUCGAUCAAGAAGGUGGAAAUCAAUUUGAGCACGAUAAUUUGGGUUUGGAAGGGACCUAUCCAAUGGAUGAAUAUGAGAUCCGAAUUAUGGAACCAGAAAAAACAGCUGGUUCCUGGGAAACUAGGGCUACAAUCGCAAUGCAAAGUUCUGAAAACGCUCUUACCGUUCGAGCGGUUACUUUAUUUAACACCACAACGCAAAGAAAUGAGACACUAUUGGCAGUUGGAACUGCUUAUGUACAAGGAGAGGAUGUUGCGGCCAGAGGACGUGUGCUUUUGUAUUCUGUUGAAAGGAAUUCUGACAAUGUGCAAGUCCAGGUUACAGAAGUCUAUUCCAAAGAGUUGAAAGGUGCUAUAUCUGCUGUUGCUUCACUCCAAGGGCAUUUGUUAAUAGCUUCAGGUCCUAAGAUUAUUCUGCACAAGUGGACGGGUUCUGAACUGAAUGGUGUGGCCUUCUAUGAUGUUCCACCCCUCUAUGUUGUGAGCCUAAACAUUGUUAAAAAUUUUAUUCUUCUUGGUGAUAUUCACAAAAGCAUAUACUUCCUAAGUUGGAAGGAGCAAGGCUCUCAGCUUAAUUUAUUGGCAAAAGAUUUCGGCUCACUUGAUUGUUUAGCAACUGAAUUUUUGAUUGAUGGAAGCACACUCAGUCUCACUGUUUCAGAUGACCAAAAGAAUGUUCAGAUAUUUUACUAUGCCCCCAAAAUGUCUGAAAGCUGGAAAGGACAGAAGCUACUAUCACGGGCCGAGUUUCACGUUGGGGCCCACAUUACCAAAUUUUUACGGCUGCAACUUCUCCCUACAUCCGUUGACCGGAUGGCUCCGGGCUCUGAUAAAACAAAUCGAUUCGGUCUGCUUUUUGGAACCUUAGAUGGAAGCAUAGGUUGCAUUGCCCCUCUUGAAGAGCUCACUUUCCGGCGCCUUCAGUCAUUGCAGAAGAAGCUUGUGGACGCUGUUCCCCAUGUUGCGGGCCUAAACCCAUGGUCCUUUCGCCAUUUCCGUUCAAAUGGGAAAGCCCAUAGGCCCGGGCCCGACAGCAUUGUGGACUGUGAGCUACUUUCGCACUAUGAAAUGCUCCCACUGGAAGAGCAGCUCGAUAUUGCUCAACAAAUUGGAACUACACGAAUGCAGAUCAUCUCCAACUUGAACGACCUCACUCUGGGCACAAGCUUCUUGUGAGUAACUGUUUUUCCAAGAUGGGCAACAUGUUUGUGGACCAUGAUUCUUCCUCUUAAAUUUGCAGAAGUUGCAGGCUGAUGAGUUUCUCCUCUACAUUACAAUCUGCUGUCUGCUAAGAUUGGAGAUUAAUUUCUUGGCAACCUUGUUUGUAUUUAUAUUAUUCUGUUUCAGUUU